UUUGCAUCCUAAACAAACACCUCAUACGGAGUAUCAUCACCAUUGCUUUCAUCAAUCAUCUAUGUACCAUUAGCACCGACUGAGCGAUUUAUCCCUCAACAGUAACAGAAGAAAUAUUACAUGGAUUAGGAAAGCCCUUGCAAUAACGAUCAACAACGGACACACCACCGAGAGAUAACAAAUACCCUGCCAUUCGACACUCACCAAGCAACCACUCCAGUCCAAUGGAUCAAACACACGCCCGGGCCAUGGAGGCCCUCCAACCCUUCGUCCAUCUAGCAAACUCAAGCAGCGCUACAUCACCGAAGUUCGUCGCCAAUCUAAUCACGAAUGCCACUUCAAGUCCAAACACCUACGUCUUCGCAGAGCUACUGGAGACGCCCUCAGUCCAAGCCCUUCGGUCAGAGGACACACCCGCAGAAUACCAAGGAUACCUUACACUCCUAGAGAUUUUCGCCUGGGGCACAUGGCAGGACUAUCAAACAACGCCGAAUCUCCCCCAACUCAACAAUGAACAGACCCUAAAGCUCCGCCUUCUAUCGCUUCUUACCCUCUCUGCAACCAUCAAGCCGCUCACAUAUCAGACACUCAUGGAUACUCUCUCGAUCACGGCUCCCUCCGAGCUCGAAUCGCUAGUCACAACCGCCAUCUACUCAUCUCUCAUUACCGCCCGUCUGUCCCCGGCAACAAGCCCCCCAACCAUCAACGUGACUUCCGUGGCUCCCCUGCGCGACGUGAAGCCCGAAUCCUUGACAACGAUGAUAUCAAUCCUAACGCAAUGGGAGACCCGCUGCGGCGACGUCAUCAGCGACAUCGAGACUGAGAUCGCCAAGAUCAAAACCGACUCGGCGAACCGGCGGGCUAAGGAACAUGCCAAGGCUGUGUUGAUUGAGAAGACAAUGCAAAGCUGGGGCUCGGACGGGAAUGAUAUAAUCUCCCGGCCACUAGGACCCAGAAAGCAGGGCUGGCACGGAGGCAUGAGGGGCGGGGUCUCAGGGUUCGUGGGCAAUAAGCGCGAAUUCAGCGCGGAUGACUUUGACGACGGAUACUGGGAUAAUGGAGCUGAUGGGGCUUUUGAUGCACAAUUCGCUGCCUCGAGGAUGGAUAUUGAUCAGGGCGCAGGAGCGUCUUUAAUGGGGUCAUCUGGUGUUGGGACUAGACACGCUAAGCGUUUUCUUGGGAGGAAAUCCUAAUGUGAUGAGAUGCACUCGAAAGAUUAUGAAACAUCCUAGGUCUUUCAGCUAGCAGGUAACUUACCUUUGAAGCUAAGGCGAGCAUGACAAACGAACGAAACAUCAACGACUCUCCUAGACCCGUAUGAUUUCUUACUCGUAUAACCUGUGCAUUUCGCG